AUGACCGACCCACCGCCGCGCAAACGCUCUCGCGCGGCCUGUUUCUCGUGUCAGUCUCGCAAGCGCAAAUGUUCAGGCGAACAGCCCUGCAGCACCUGUGCCCAGGCCGGCGUCGUCUGUGUCUUUAGCGAUCUGCCGCGCAAGAGGCGCACCCGUUCAGGUGUCGGAUACCGGACAUCGCUGCCCGGACAGAACAGUGCUCAUGAGCGACUGGUGCUCUCGUCCGAUCUGGACGGUGGUAUCUCCUCUGCAGCGCCCGUCGCUCGACCGGCGAGUAGCAGUGUUGCAGGGAGUGCGCCGUCGCCGGGGUCUCAUCUGCGCGUGAAGGAACCGCGUCCCGGCAGUGACUCGCUUGAGGCGAACUCCGGAGCGGCGUUUGUUCGCAAGUUGGGGUUGAGAAUUGAUCCGGCGCGUGCACCGAGGUUGCACCUUUUCGCGUGGAAUGUGGGUGAACGGCGAAAGUCGCAGCGGCACGCCUCGACGCAGACUGAUGGUCGGAGACUACCAGGGUCUGUGGUACAGAUCUUAUCCGAGCAAGAGAUGCGCCGCCUGGCUGGAAUCUACUUUGAAAAAGUUCAUCCGUGCUAUGCGUUUCUGGAUCAAGGCACCGUGUCUGCACGGAUAUCACAGCGCUGGUCGUCGACAACCGCUUCGAUCGAAAGACCAGCAAGCAUGACACGAGACCCACCGUACGAUGUGGUUCUUCUCGGCAUCGCUGCCCUGGGAUUUCUCUUCUCAUGCCGGGAACUGUCCCCUCAAGAAGCAUUUGUCGUCGACACAGCACGGCGUCUGCUUGAAAGGAGUAUCCUCGGCCCAGACUCGCCCACAAUCGACAUCGUCACGGGAUGGGUUCUACGUACAGCCUACCUCCGGAUGACAGCUUCACCGCAUGCGGCCUGGAUGGCCAGCUGUACAUUGAUGCACCUUGUGGAAGCCGCCGGUCUGCAUAUCGAGUCCGAGUCUGCAGACCCCGAAGCAACGGGUCUUAUACAGACGACAUCGUCCCAAAUGAACAACAACAACAACAACAACAACAAGCUCCUGAAUCAACCCUCCUCCCCAGUGAUUAACCGCUCUUCUUCGCAUUCUUCCACCGCAUCUCCCACAUCAGAUGCCAAUCUCCGCCGCCGCAUCUACGGCAUGGCGCGCCACCUCAAUACAUGGAUCUCUUUUGACCUCGGACGAUCCCGAGUCGUCCUUCAUGGCGCCUCCUCUCACCCUCCACUUCCCCCUCCCCUUCCCUCUUCCACAACCACUCCCACAAACACAGACCUCUACCACCUCCUCCCCCUCUCCGAAAGCCUCGACCCAACAGGCCCGACCCCCCAAAACCUCCCCGAACUCGAAACAGCCCUCACCGCCGUCCUCACCCUCUCCUACACCGAACCCUCCCUCAUCCUCGUCCAAUGUAACCUCAUGCUCUGCAUCUACCGACGCGUGCGCGCCCUCAACGCCCACGCCCCUCUGCCCGGCCGCGCGCUCGACCGCAUCCUCGAGCUCGGCGCCCGCGGUCUACGCGCAGCCCGCGCCAUGGUCACCGCCACUUGUCCCUGGCACCAGGUUGCAAAUGUGCCCUUUCAGGUCCUUUGUAUCCUGUUGGCGAUCGAUAGUCGGGCGGCGCUGGGGUUGCUUGCGGAGGCGAUGCUCACGCUGAGAGAGGUGCUAACCGCGUAUGAUACGGAGGUUAUGCGCGAGGCAUACUCGACGGCGUAUCUGCUGAUUGCGCUGCAUCAAAGACGGAAGGAGGACGAUACGAGGGCAUUGGGGGAGGUUCUGAGGGCGAAUGCAGCGGCUGCGGCUGGGACCGGAACUGAGACUGAGGCUGAGACUGAGGCCGCAGUGGGUGGUAAAGAAGGUGCGCCGGUUGAUACUAAUGGCUUGGCAGCGGAUCUGGGUAUGAACGUAAAUGCGAACGCGAACGCGGACGUGAGCGACAUAUCAGCAAGGGCAGAAGUGGGAGGCAACAUCUCUGCACAAGGUGAAGCGACUGGGAAAGCGCGCGCCCAGGAUGUACUGGGCCCCGUAUCGGACGCGGAACUCUCGUGGCUGGGUGAUUUGAUGAUUGAUAUGCCGAGCUUGCAGAAUUUCGAUCUCGAUCAGUUCCUGCUGACGGAUGUGCCGUGGCCACUCCCGGAGAUGGGUAUUUGA